UUCAUGGGAACGCUCGAUUCGUGCGUAUCCUGGCUUUAAGUACUGCCAAAAUGCCUUUGAUCCGUUUCAAAGUUCUGAGGUAACCUAAUAUGAAAGCCCUCGGUGGCCCAUCACGGUCUUGGCAUCUCCUGCGUCUUAGAGCACAAGCGGCCUGAUGUGGAGAGCCAUGUAGAGGUGUCCCAUCUGACCAGCACUGAUGACGGUUUCCAGUGAUGGCCACACAACCAGACCCAGCUGAGGAUUCAGUUGAUGACCUGGUGGACACCGCUAAUGUUCUUAACUCUCUGGAGAAGAUUGUUCUCACCCUCUUCCUGGCGGUCAUCAUCGUCAUGACGGUCCUGGGGAACCUCCUGGUCAUGGUGGCCCUUUGCAAAGACAGACAGCUACGGAAAAAGAAGACCAACUACUUCAUUGUAUCGCUGGCUUUUGCGGAUCUCUUAGUCGCUCUUCUGGUCAUGCCGUUCGCUGCCAUCGAGUUGACCACAGGCCAGUGGAGGUAUGGUGAGACCUUUUGUCUCGUUCGGACAUCGUUGGACGUGCUGCUCACCACAGCAUCCAUACUGCACCUGUGCUGCAUAGCGCUGGACAGGUACUAUGCCAUUUGCUGUCAGCCGCUGGUCUACAGGAACAAAAUGACCCCGCUGAGGGUCACUCUGAUGCUGGGAGGCUGCUGGGUGAUCCCCUCCUUCAUCUCCUUCCUUCCCAUCAUGCAAAGCUGGAAUGCUAUCGGCAUCGAGCACAUUAUCGAGCAGAGGAAGUUCAGCAGCACCAACGAGACGUACUGCGUGUUCCUGGUCAACCGUCCGUACGCCCUCAUCUGCUCGGCCGUGGCCUUCUACGUGCCGCUGGGCCUGAUGGUGCUGGCCUACCAGCGCAUCUACGUGACGGCCAUGGAGCACGCGCGGCAGAUCGGCACCCUACAGCGGGCCGGCUCCGCGCCGGAGUACCUGAGCAGCACCAGCACCAGCGGUGUGGGAGGCGGCGGAGGAGGGGGCUCCUCGUCGGAGACGCACAGCAGCUCCAGCAGCAGCCGCAUCAAGAUCGAGACCAAGGCGGCCAAGACGCUGGCGGUCAUCAUGGGCUGCUUCUGCCUGUGCUGGGCGCCCUUCUUCGUCACCAACGUGGUGGACCCGUUCAUCCAGUACACGGUGCCCUGGCAGAUGUGGACGGCGUGGCUGUGGCUGGGCUACGUGAACUCGGGGCUCAACCCGUUCCUCUACGCCUUCCUGAACCGGGCCUUCCGCCGGGCCUUCCUCAUGAUCCUGUGCUGCGGCGACGAGCGCUACGUGCGCCAGGGCAGCUACGGGCCCUCGCGAGCGCACUCGGGCUCGGCCAACGGCACCACCAUCGCUCUCAGAUUAUCUCUUCUGCCCAACCGGAGCUACUGUGACAAUGGGCGACGCAUUCUAUCGAGUGAGCUUGAGUCUCAGGACUCUGUCGGUGCUCUAUGACACUCAUACGAUAAACUACACACAGAAUGGACAUCAAGUGUGGACUCCUCAUUCUCAGCACUGGGCCAGCAGAGAGAAUCUAGAAGCUUCUCUUCUACUGGGAAAAGGAUAUAAAGCUAUUUCAAGACAUUAAAGGACAUAUUGAAAAGACAUUAUUCCAUGUCUCCCGAUGGUAUUUACGCUACUUGCGAGACCGUUUUUAUGGCGUUGUUGAGGCUUCUUGUGCGAUUAUGCACUGUACAACACUGCCUUGUGAAUGUACGUCAGCUUUUAAAGCCUCAACAGCAACUAAAUGAAGGCACUUACGUUUUAAGAGCUCAAGAUGGGCUCGCCUUUUGAUCAGUGUUUUUCUCUAUUCACUUUUUUUCGUAUUUUCUGUUAAAAGAAAGGUUGAAGACCCUUCCUGCUUUCAUCAGUCAUCAGCAGUCACCUUGAAAAUCAUGCUGAAUGAAUGUCUUGUCAGCGCGUCUUUCCAUAGCAUGUAAAAUGUUCUACAGGUUUGCACUGUUCCAUUUACACUGAGAGAUAUAGGGGGGGGAAAGGUCUAUAGAUAUUAUUUAUUUCAACUCACACAUCUGCGCUUUGGGACUCAGGAGCAAUAACUUGUUGCUAUGCGACAACUAUGUAUAUACUAUAUAUUUUUUGUUGUUUUGUUUUGUUUUUCUUUCUUUCUUUUUUCUCCUUUGGAAAAAUGCUCAUCAAAUUGUCUGUGUGACAGAACAGCAAGCUGUUUCAAAAGAUGCUGGCUACUCCAACUAAUUAGGUCAGUGUUGUGUCGACAGCUUUUUCCCCCCCUCUCAAUUUCAGCCUGGUUUAGAUGAAUACACCAUUGUAUCUCUUGGUAAUCUAAACAAUUUGAUGCCAUUCAACAGAGCUAGUUGCGUGACCCCGUAAUCUAAUGUUCAUUGUCGUCCUGAAAGCAUUAUAACAUAAAUGCACUGUUAUACUAUUGUUUGUACGAGGCAAUUAGACAUGAAAGCCUUUCACUCAAUUAAAACAAAAUGGCGAACCCAGUCACAACAGAUCAGUUCUCUGUUCUCCAUCGCUCUUUUGAAUCAAUAUUGACUCGUGCAAUUUUGAGUAGUUUAAUGUAAUAAUAAGGUCUUCGUCUUGGAAUAUGGCUAUGUUCGGCGAGGAGGCACCCAGAACACACAAUGGCCCACGUGACUAAAUCUGAUGCUCUGAAGAGACAGACUUCAGUCUGCCCCGAUUUGGCCAUGAUCUCCAGAGUC